AUGGAGCUUUUUGCAUCAUAUGAUACUAUUUAUCCUGCAGAUACUGUAGAAUGGUGUCCAAUACCAGAAUACAGCAAUGUAUUUGUAUGUGGAACUUAUAAGCUUGAAGAGGCAUCCAAAAAAAAAACUGGUACUAUCAAUUUAUUCUCUUUAGACAGUCAAAACAAGAUCAAAUUGGUCCAGAGUGUUCCCGAAGAUGCUGUGUUGGAUUUAAAGUGGAAUUCUUUUAUUGCUCUUGGUUCUGGAAAAAUUUUACUAGCAGCUGCAUUGUCUGGCAAGCAUGUUAGCAUAUAUCGCUUGGAUGAAAAUGGAACUGAUUUGUCUUUAAGUUUGUUCACUAGUUUUGAUCUUCCAAAAACUGACGGUGAAUCUCAUAUGAGUUUAUCAAUUGCUUGGUCACGUCCCUAUGAAAACGGAUCACAAAGUAUUGCAUUUAGCGACUCAUGUGGCUAUAUUACUUUAGUAAAUUUAAACGAUCGACUCAUACGCAGUUUCAAAGCUCAUGGUUUUGAAUCAUGGAUAGUAACUUAUAAUUAUUGGGAACCAAACAUUUUAUACACUGGUGGUGAUGAUUGUAAAUUUAAGUGUUAUGACCAACGUUUACGAUUUGACAAACCUGUAUUUGAAAAUAAAGAUCAUGAACAAGGAGUAACAACUUGCUCAUCCAACAAAAUUCGAGAAAAUAUAAUUGUCACAGGAAGUUAUGAUGAAAAUAUACGGCUGUGGGAUAUACGCAAUAUGAAGCAUAGUUAUAAUAGUGUGAAAGUUGAUGGUGGAGUUUGGAGAUUGAAAUGGGAACCCAAUAAAGAAGAAUAUCUUUUAAGUGCUUCAAUGUUUAAUGCAGCACAUAUAAUAGACACAUCAUUAGAUGUAGCUAAUAUUUGUCAAUCUUUUGGUGAAAAAAACAAUAGACUUUACUAUGGAGCCGAUUGGUGUCAUCAUGAUACCCAAUUCGAACAUGACACAAAAUCAAAAAACAAAAAAGUAAUUGCUACAUGUUCAUUUUAUGACCAUAGGUUAGAUUUAUUUUUUGUCAAUAUGAAAUUAUAA